GUUGAUUCAUUCUGAAGCAGCAGCCAUGUCAUCUGUUUACAAGCGAGACAACCUUAACAAUUUUGUCCAUGGCCACAGCAGUAGUUCUUCAAAAAUGGAGUAUAAUACAGCUGAAAGUAGAUAUCUAAGCCAGGCAUUCAUAGCCGGAGUUGACGAUGGAAUCAUGUCACUGAAGGAAGCCCCUGUAUCUCCAAGCCCACAGUGUCAUGGAUUGGCGCUCGGCUCCUCAGAAUUGGCACAACCAGGAAGAACACUACUUUCCUGGUUGCUACCAGAUGGACCAGUGUAG